GAUAUCAGAGCAGCCUCAGUGUACUCAGGAGUGUUCACACAGAUCUUUAGAGAGGAGAGAGGCCUGUACCAGGACAAGGUGUUCUGCUUCAUCCAUCUGAGUGUUCAGGAGUUUCUGGCUGCUCUGCAUUUACGCCUGACCUUCAUCAACUCUGGAAUCAACCUCUUGGAGGAAGAACAAUCAAAUAUCUCUAAACUUGAACUGAGCAGUCUGGUCCAGUUCUACCAGAGUGCUGUGAAUACAGCCUUACAGAGUCCCAACGGACACCUGGACUUGCUCCUCCGCUUCCUCCUGGGUCUUUCACUGCAGACCAAUCAGAGUCUCCUACGAGGUCUGAUGACUCAAACAGUCAGCAGCUCACAGACCAACCGCAAAACAGUCCAGUUCAUCAAGGAGAAGAUCAGUGAGGAUCUGUGUGCAGAGAAAAGCAUCAACCUGUUCCACUGUCUAAAUGAACUGAAUGAUGGUUUUCUAGUGGAGGAGAUCCAACAGUUUCUGAGUUCAGGACGUCUUUCCACUGAUGAACUGUCUCCUGCUCAGUGGUCUGCUCUGGUCUUCAUCUUACUGUCAUCAGAAGAAGAUCUGGAAGUGUUUGACCUGAAGAAAUACUCUGCCUCAGAGGAGGCUCUUCUGAGGCUGCUGCCAGUGAUCAAAGCCUCUUACAAAGCUGUACUGAAUAACUGUAAUCUGUCAGAGAGAAGCUGUGCAGCUCUGUCUUCAGUUCUCAGCUCUCAGUCCUCCAGACUCAGAGAUCUGGAUCUCUGAGGAUUCAGAAGUGAAGCUUCUGUCUGCUGGACUGGAGAGUCCACACUGUAAACUGGAAACUCUCAGGUCAGCUUUCAACCAGCUAUAUUUCCAGGUUCUGUUUGGAGGAAGGGUCCGAUAGACAUUUUUAAAGAGAGAAUAGCAGAGGGAUGUUGCACAAAAGUAGAAUCAACACUUCUCAAGUUCAAAAUCUUUGUUCAGCCUUGUCUGAUGGCAACAAUUGUUAUUCUUUUUUGUAUCUUUUUUUUCAUAAAAAUAAAAAUGAUCACCUCCAACUAAGUGUUCACAUCUGGGAUCAGGUCACGAUCUCUGUGUUCUUUGGAAAAACAUGUAUCAAUCACAGAACUGCAGAUGUAAAUAGAAAACAGCAGAUUUCUGACCCGUCUGUAUCUCCUCAU